AUGACGAGCGCAUCGGAGCUCUUCUCUACUCGAAGAUCUCGUCCGGGUAGAUCCGACCCGGAUUUAGAAUCCGACUCUUCUCUUAACCGACACCACUCACACCAUCAUCAUCAUCAUCAACAUCGCCGUCACGGGACACACCAUCACAAUCACCGUCAUGAAUCCGACGGCUGUGAUACUCUCCGGCGUGCCCCGCCGCGUCUCCGACGCUUCUGUCACCAUCUUGGUCUCCAGGAACGUAGACCUGUUCGUGAUGUUCAAGGCACUUCACAGUAUAUGAACACGAACAGUGCUGAUUCGGAAACUGAAAGUAACAGCUUUGGAAACCUAAAUGGAUCCGACAGGCUUCCCGGAGCUGUUCUUCUCGCAAGGGCAAGACUUUUGGAAAGAUUGAGAGGCGUUUCAUUGUCUAGUAACAGUCGAAGCAACAGAGUUUCACUGGGAGAGAAUGAGAUGGAAUCCUCAUUGAAUUCCGCAGAUGGGGUUUCGUUCUAUGGAGGAGGAGAGCCAAAUUUUCAACUAGAGAGGCUUCAAGUGUCGUAUGAAUGCAACAAGAAGCCACAAGGGCUCACACAAGGUGCCAUUGAUGGUUUAAACCGGCAAACUUUUAGCUCAGCCGAGGUUAAAACCGAGAGGAGAGAUUGUAGCAUAUGUUUGGAGAGUUUCACGAUAGGGGACAUGCUUAUAUCCUUGCCCUGUACUCAUAGUUUUCAUUCGUCUUGCUUAAACCCUUGGCUUAAAGCUUGUGGAGACUGUCCUUAUUGCCGUAGAGUCAUAAGUCCCAUAACUAAGGAAUAG